AACUUUUAAGUUGGUAUUUUAUGUCUGUAAAUCUUUACAAACUUGGCCAUUAACUUAAAGCCUUAUACGAUAAGCAAGCAGUCUCCUGUCGUAUCCUCUUUCUUUGUUUAGCUCAGAGAACAAACGUACUUUACUGGCUAACCACAGGAUUCAGGAAGACACAAAAAAAUGGCAGAUUCGAAGGUGGAAACGAUCUCAAGGCUAGCUCAAUGGAGGAUCGACAACUUUGGACCUUGUUCUUACAAAAAGUCUGAUCCUUUUAAAGUUGGAAUCUGGAACUGGCACUUAUCUGUAGAGAAAAAUCGAUACCUUUAUGUUCGUUUAUUUCCAGAGCCUUCUCGAGCUUCCAAAGAGCAACCUCCUAUUGCUAGAUUUGUCCUUCGUGUUUCUAAUGCUGGUGCUAAUCGUAGACCCUACAUUUCUCCUGUGCAUGAGAGAUUGCUUCGGAAUUGUGAUGACUUCGUGUGGCCUGUUGAUUCCACAUUUCAUGGUCGCUUCAUCAUUGAUGUUGAGUUUCUAGACAUCAAGAUAUGUGCUCUGAAUGGUGUAGAAGCCAGUUCUAUAUGGCCUAGUGAUGGAAUGAUGCAGACUGUUUCAACCCAAAGCACACUUCGAUGUCUAUCUCGCAUGCUGGAUGAGGCCAUUCACGCUGACCUUACCAUACACACUGCUGAUGGCAUUCUAAGAGCUCAUAAAGCAAUUCUUUCGGCGAGUUCACCUGUUUUCCAGAGCAUGUUCCAUCACAACCUCAAGGAAAAGGAGUCCUCUACAAUCUACAUAGAAGACAUGUCAAUGGAGUCUUGCAUGUCUCUUCUAAGUUACCUAUAUGGAACCAUUAAGCAAGAGGAUUUCUGGAAGCACCGUUUAGCAUUGCUUGGAGCAGCAAACAAAUAUGAUAUUUCAGAUCUUAAAGAUGCUUGUGAGGAAAGCCUAUUGGAAGACAUAAAUUCUGGAAAUGUGCUCGAGAGGCUGCAAGAGGCCUGGCUUUACCAGUUAGACAAGCUGAAGAAAGGAUGCUUGACGUACUUGUUUGAUUUUGGCAAGAUAUAUGAUGUUAGAGAAGAAAUGAAUAACUUUUUCAGGCAAGCAGACAGGGAAUUGAUGCUGGAAAUGUUCCAAGAGGUGCUGACAGUUUGGAAACCUGUAUAAUAUGCCCAGUGAAGUGCUCUUUGCGGAAAGUGCCCACUUUAGAUAAUUGUACAUUGUAUGUCAGAUUCUAAGUCUUAUUACUUAAAUCAGUAGGGAGUGAAAGUUCCUCUGUGCAGCAGCAACUAAUACAAAACUUUGUUCUGGGUUUGGCAA